AGGGCCUGUCUUCGAGCUCCAUUUUGGCCACCUUCCCCUGUGCUUAGCGUCACUGAUGUUUGUGGUUUUGACCCACCUGUUGCAUCCCUGUCCCCUUCUUGCCCCGGUGUCAGAAUGAGAUAGAUGAACUGAGGACUGAGAUGGAUGAGAUGAGGGACAGUUUCUUUGAGGAAGAUGCUUGUCAGCUUCAAGAAAUGCGCCACGAACUGGAGCGAGCCAACAAGAAUUGCCGGAUCCUUCAAUACCGGCUGCGCAAGGCCGAGCGCAAGAGGCUCCGCUACGCACAGACCGGAGAGAUCGACGGAGAGCUUUUGCGCAGCAUGGAGCAGGACCUCAAGGUUGCAAAAGAUGUAUCGGUGAGACUUCAUCAUGAAUUAGAAAACGUGGAAGAAAAACGCACUGUGACAGAAGAUGAAAAUGAAAAAUUAAGACAGCAGCUUAUAGAAGUUGAAAUUGCAAAACAGGCACUACAGAAUGAACUAGAAAAAAUGAAAGAGCAAUCGCUGAAAAGAAGAGGCAGCAAAGACUUGCAAAAAUCAGAAAAAAAGUCACAGCAGACACCAACGGAGGAGGAUAAUGAAGACCUGAAGUGCCAGUUGCAAUUUGUCAAAGAAGAAGCAGCCUUAAUGAGGAAAAAAAUGGCUAAGAUCGAUAAGGAGAAAGACAGAUUUGAACAUGAGCUGCAAAAAUAUAGAUCAUUUUAUGGCGAUUUGGACAGUCCCUUGCCAAAAGGUGAAGCAGGUGGGCCACCUACUACAAGAGAAGCUGAACUCAAGCUUCGAUUGAGACUUGUGGAGGAGGAAGCUAACAUUCUUGGGAGGAAAAUAGUGGAACUAGAAGUAGAAAAUAGAGGACUAAAAGCAGAGCUUGAUGACUUAAGAGGAGAUGAUUUCUCAGGGACCGCUAAUCCGCUCCUGGGAGAGCAGAGUGAAUCCCUGUCAGAACUGCGACAGCAUUUGCAGCUAGUAGAAGAUGAGACAGAAUUGCUGAGGAGAAAUUUAGCUGAUUUGGAAGAACAAAACAAGCGUGUAACAGCUGAGCUGAACAAAUACAAAUACAAGUCUGGGGCCCAUGAGAGCUCUAGGCACCAUGAUAAUGCCAAGACAGAAGCACUACAGGAGGAGCUGAAAGCUGCACGAAUGCAAAUCAAUGAGCUGAGUGGCAAAGUCAUGCAACUCCAGUAUGAGAACAGAGUAUUAAUGUCCAACAUGCAGCGCUAUGAUUUGGCCUCUCAUCUUGGGAUCCGUGGCAGUCCCAGAGACAGUGAUGCUGAAAGUGAUGCAGGAAAAAAAGAAAGCGAUGAUGAUUCCCGUCCCCCUCACCGCAAAAGGGAAGGCCCCAUUGGUGGGGAAAGCGACUCGGAAGAGGUGCGCAACAUCCGGUGCCUGACGCCCACAAGGUCUUUUUAUCCUACACCAACUGGGUGGCAGAAAAGCUUCACUGACAGGCAGCAGAUGAAGGACAUCCGCUCUGAAGCUGAGCGACUAGGCAAGACAAUAGAUCGCUUGAUUUCUGACACAAGUACCAUCAUAACAGAGGCAAGAAUUUAUGUAGCUAAUGGGGAUCUGUUUGGACUGAUGGACGAAGAGGACGAUGGCAGCAGAAUACGUGAGCAUGAGCUUCUCUACAGGAUCAACGCACAGAUGAAGGCGUUCAGGAAAGAACUCCAGACUUUCAUCGACAGACUUGAAGUUCCAAAGUCAUCAGAUGACCGAAGUGCAGAUGAACCUUUGUCAGUGAGUCAGAUGUUCCAGCCUAUCAUUUUACUUAUUCUCAUCCUAGUAUUAUUUUCAUCCCUUUCAUACACAACAAUAUUUAAACUUGUCUUCCUUUUUACACUGUUUUUUGUACUGUAAGCCAUUCAUCAUUUACUGUUCAUUGUAGUAUUAUUUUCAGUUUGUUUAUUUUGUCCACCCUCCAAGAUAAGAAGUGCAAGAGACAUAGUUUCUGUAAUAGCCACUGCUGUAAAAACACUGAAGACUACUUGUUUGCCAAAAAACAAAACAAAAAAAACCAAAAAAG